AUGUCGAGUGAUUUUGUGCGGGAAGAUUUAGUGGGUGAAAAGGUGACGAAAAUCCCUGUAAAUUGCCCACAAGAUGUUGCAAUGGAAGAUCUGGAAGGACUCUCAAGUGAUUCGGAUAAUAAAUUAACAAUUUGCACGAAUUUACCUGUGAAAAAGAGACGAAUAAAGAGUCGGAAAAAGCCACCGGAAGUUGAUGCAAAGCCUCAGGAGGAAGUAGCAGAUGACACAGAACAGAGUGCAAUGAAAAAUCUCUCUCCGGGGGAAAUUAGAAAGAUUCUCAAGAAAGUUGUAUCAAAUGAUCACGUCCUGGCCAUGGUGAGACUAAAGGAGGAGGAAACAGAGGAGGAGAUAGAAGUUGUGCGGGAAUCUGCAGAUUUAAUGCCAAAAUUAACGAGAUUGAAGGCAAAGGAACUCAAUAAACACCUCCCGUCGAUUGUCCCGUUAACCCUGAAGGCUACUCAGGAGGAAUCUGAGACAGCAAUGCUCAUGAAGGAUCUGGCGGAAGAGGAUGAGGAUGAUGAGGAGUACAAACCCUCCGAGGAGGACUUUCACUCAGAUGACGACACAAAUACCUCAAUUUCGGACAUUGAUUCCCAACCAUCGACUCCAGUGUGGAAUUCAAUGGCCACCCCAGAUGCCAAGGAUGGCGUGGAGUACACAAAAGAUGGCCUCUUCAAGAUCCCACAGAUUUGCGCUACUCCGUCACCGUGCAAAAAUGCCCAGGAACCCUUUAGGCCACCUGCCUUGGGCACCAGAUCGAAAAUUUCCCUCGCAAAGACCCCAAUUGAGGAUAUUGAGGAGACUUUUGUCCCUCCGGACAUCACGACGGACAUGUAUGAGUUUGAUUGCGACAUGGAUAAUGUUUGGCAGGAAUUUCUCAAUCAAUUCCGUCGCCCAUUGACGCUCAAUGAGACCCACGAGGAGGACGAGGAAGCGGAUCCGGAAUACGUGGCUGUGGAUCAAAUUCCGCUGGACAAGGAGGAGUUGCGUGAAGUGAAGGUUAGCCGGAAGGAGUUGAGUGAUCUAAUGACGGAACUCUUUGAUGGGAUUGACGACGAUGUUUCCACACCAAUUCUCUGCCCUCUUAUCAAUGAGGAGGAUGAAGCUGGUGGGGCAAGGACAAAGCCAACACCAACAAAGUACCAGAAGAAUCGCACGGAAGCCUCUCCGGAACCAUCAGAAGCCCUCCAAAUGAUGACCCAUUCCACCCCAAUGGCCUACGGGAAUGCCCCAGAACUCGAUAUGUCCAGCGUCCUGGACAAUUCUCUGGAUAUUGAGAGUCAAAAGGCACGAAGUUUCACCUAUUGCGAACCUUUCACAGAGAUGGCUAAUCUCUCCACAAUGUCAUCACCCAAAGAGAUCCUGUACAAGGCGAUUGAGCUGAAAUACCAGCAGAUGGCCAAAGUACAGCCGGUUGAGGUAUUUGAGCCACAUCAUGUGGGCUUUACGGACUUCCAACGGCAGAUCUUGGCACAGCAGCUCCGGAUGCACGUUCAGCUAAACACUCAGCACUACAUUCAAACCUAUUCCCAUCCCCGGUUGUGGCAGGAAGCGGAGAAACCCAGGAAAAUGCUUCAGGAACUCUGGGAUGUGGCCAGGAAUAACAGGCAUUCCACAUUCAAUGCCAUCAACUUGCAGGGAGCCAUUGAAUUGUGUGAUUCCUGGCGCAGGGAGAUUGAUGUGGUCAAUGAGGACAAUACCACACUCAUGCGAGAGCUGCGGGAUCAAAUGAGCAUUGAGGAGACAUCCAGGAAUCUUAGGCGGUGGAAUAAGGAAACAUUCAAUAGUCGCAUUAUGAAUCUCAUGCUGAAUUCCACGGUAUUCCUAUACCCAAAACUCCUGCCAAACAUCCCAUUUAGGCUGUAUAAUUUCCAGUACAACUUCCAUCAUCACGAGGCGGCGAUCAUGAUGCAUUUCUACGAUACCAUCAAAACAGAUCUCGAGGAACAAGCGAAGAACCAAAAGAAGAACAUUGAGCUAAGUCGAAGGAAGAUUUGUGAUAAAAUGCAUCUCUACAUCUGCCCAUGGAGGACACCAAAGCAAAUUUAUACAGUUAUCGAAAGACAAAAGAAAUCCCCAGUCAUGAAUCCCAUAAAGUUCUACUUUAAGAACAAACGUCUUCUACCUGUUUGUCAUGUGAUAGAGAGCAUCAAUCCAAAUCAAGUACUCGCGGAUCUGCCCAUUAGCUGCCUGCCCAAAAACUGGGAAACGUAUUUUUUGGCGCAAAAGAAGGAAAAACUAAAAGCCCAAAAAGUCCUCGAAAAAGACAAGGAGUUGUUGACAAAGAAGCGAAAGAGAGUGAAGUUAAUUCAGCGAGUGAAGGCACUGAAGAAGAAUCCGGGAAACAUUAGCAAUAUCUCGUUGGAAUCAUCAGAAGACGACGAAGGUGAUCCGGAGAAACAGGUGACAAUCUUCUCAAAUGAAUCCCUGGCUGUGAGUAUUGGUGAGAAGUCCUUUGAAAAAUCCCAAAAGGAAGAGCCCAAAGUCGGGCUAAGGGGGAAGUUUGAGAAAUUCCUGCAAGACUAUCUUCGGGAUUUGGAUGUGAAGCUCUCUGCGUUCCAGGAUCGAACGAUUCUAUCGAAAAUCUUCACAUUUAUCUGGGAAUUUGAUAUUUUCCUCCGGAUUCUGCAUAAAACAAUGCAAGCAGAUAAGAGGUUGAGUGAUUUGAUGGAGAAUCCCGAUGAUGGGGAUGAGCCGAAGAAGGUGAAAGUGGAAGAAGAUGAGAAGCCAGCUGUUGAGCAGAAGCGACACAAACAUCGCCUACAUGAUAGCAAUAGGCUGCUUCUCCUUCCGGAACGCAGUGAGGAUCUCAUGCAGCGUGAUUCCGUGUAUUCGUGGAAUUUCUUCGAGAAGGUUGAAUGUACGUUCAAGGCUGCGAGGCAAUUUGAUAAAUUUGAGAGAUUCCUCACGAUUCUCAAUACUUUCAAGCCUGGGAAGGAGGAAGUGGCUGAUUUGUACUACAGACUCGAAGAUUUAUUCCUCCCUGAUCAUCCGGAAUUGGCUGAGCUGUUCCUCACACUCCUCCUACCGGGGCAUGCUUCACAAGUUGGGAAGUUCUUUGAGCAUUUUAUCCUCACAAAUAUGCACACAUUCCUCACGCGGAUUAACAUCUACCUGGCCAAGCAGCCGCAUCAGCUGAAGAAAGUCUAUGCGUGCCUCAAUGAGUUGACGCGCGAAGAAGGACUCACAAUGGAUAAGAUUAAGGCGAAAUUCCUGCCACUCCUCAAGGGGAAUCAACUCCUCACCGAUUGGUUUUUGCAACUUUUCCCCACUGAACGUCCUCCGGUGAGUGAUAAUGAUGAAUUCGAGGUGAUUUCCCUGCGAAAACCCGUCACGGAGGAGGAGCAGGCACAAAUGCAUCUCACGGAGGAAGUGCACGGGGAACGCAUGAAGGAUCCCUUUGAGAACCCUCCGUGUUCCAUUAAAUACAUGCAGGGACGGAUUUACUAUGGGAAUCGUGUUCUCCUCCCUGCGGAAUUAUCCUUCAUGGCCAGUCAGGAGGUGGACAAUCGCCCGCAUGACCGUGAGCCGCGCAGCCCAACAAGGUGUGUUCAUGAAAUUCGCCAAGCGUGGGAUUUGAAGAUUCAAGAGGGGCUGAAACUCGUUGAUGCUGGUGCUGCGAUUGCUUCCACAUCCACAGAUGGCACAAAAGAGGGUCAUUCUGGCGAAAGUCCAGCAAAACUCUGUGACUAUGCUACGCUUAAAAUGCACACAUACCGCCUAAAUCCACAUGCAAUCACCACGGAAAUGGUGCUGGCGUGUCAGGAGAAUGCCGAGGAGGUGGCUCAGGGGAAGCAAUCGCCGAAGAAAGCAGCAGGAGGGAAGAAAAAUCCCACAUCGCCCAAAAGGAGCAGCGGAAAGGGGGCCACGAAGGCGCCAGAAACAAAUUCAGCCGUUGAAAUGGCUCGGAGGCUAAAGAUGUUCCUCACGGCAGAGGAGAAGCCACCCAAGCAGAAGAGGACGAGACAGAAGAAGCCCCCAGAGGAGGAGGAAGGAGAAGAGGAAGAAAAAGGUGAAGAGAUCAUCCCUGAAAAGAUUGAACGCGAAGAAGACGUAACGUGGACUCGGGAUCAGGAUAAAAUGAUUCUGGAAGUGAUAAAUGGGGAAUUGGAUUCCGAGGAGGAGGUCAUUGAGAGACUUGUGGAGCUAAUGGGGGAUCGAACGCGCGAACAGAUAACAGUGCGCUUCCAUUUCCUCCUCAAUGUUCUGCGGAAGUUCCAAACAGACGACUAAAGCGGUGCGGCGGAAGAUUUAUUUUUUAGGAGAGUUUUUUUAUUUAUUUAUUAAAUGCUGAAGUACACAGA